ACCGCCCUCCCCGCGUAGUGACGUCACGCCCCGCUAGACGCACUAAAAAGAGAAAGGCUUGUUCACUGCGGUGGAAAUAAGGUUAGCGCCUACGAGGACGCUUUUUAAUCCAAGAAACACUCCGCUGCUGUUGUUGAAUUCAACUGUUACUCACGUUAAGAUGAAUCCAGACCAGCCACCUCCAUACCCAGGCCCAACGGCUCCAGUCUACCCAGGCCAGGGCCCAGUCCCUCAAGGGUACCCACCUGAGGGUUUCCCCCCACAGGGAUAUCCUGUUAACAUGCAGCAGCCUAAUCCACAAUACCCAAACUAUCCCCCUGGACCAAUGGGACCCGGAGGCCCUUAUCCUGGUGCAGGACAGGCUCCCUAUCAAGGAUACCCUGGACAACCACAGUAUGGCUGGCAGGGUGGCCCCCCUCCUGGACAAAUGUAUGGUGAAGCUCCUAAAAACACAGUGUACAUGGUGGAGGACAACAGAAGAGACAACUCAUCAGAAACGUGCCUGACGGCCUGCUGGACUGCUCUGUGUUGCUGCUGUCUGUGGGACAUGCUGACAUAACUCCCUUCUCUCCAUCACCCUCUCAGCUUCUGUGCCUCAAAACACUUAACACUGUCCUUAAAUGUUGCCUUCACUUUCUUUUCAUUUAUAAACGCAUGCUUUCCCCCCACCCCCCCUUACGUUGGAUAUUUUCCUUCUUCAUGUCAAUGUGAAGUCCUCAGUGCCAACUGCCUGAGCGACCUCGUCCACAGGCUCGCACGUCGCAGCUUGUAAGGGAGCUUCUAGAGCCUCCUUGAAAGUAUGUUUACACGACAACCAUGUUUUUGAAAGUGCAGAUGACAACAUUGCAAACAAAUCCCCUGCAUUAUGCAAGCCAAGCCAGCGGUUGGUGAUGUUUGUUUGUAAAAAAAAAAAGAAAGAAAAAGGAAACACACACUAGCCGCUUGUCUUCUCGGCCUUAACCCUGAUUGCUGUUGGAUAAAAAAUGGUGUCGUGUAAACGGUCCUUUUUGCAGUACUCUUUGGCUCAAAACCUCAGUACAACAUGGCAUAUGAAACUUACACACUCAUGCUUGGGAAUCACGCUCUUCUCAUGUGAAGCUCUUCAGCACUUUAUGAUGAAUACCUCUGUGGGAAUGUUAUCUCUCCCGUCUUUUAUUCGCUUUCUCAGCUCCACCCCAUCUCUCUCACCUGCCUUUCCAUUGGUCCCGCACUCUUCUAAGCCCAGGGUGGUCUUGGAAUGUUUUCUCUUAAGAUUUGCACGUUGUCUUCAGGUGAAAUCAAACCAUGAUUGAAACACAAUGCAUUUUUGAGCAGGGCAGUGAUUUGUGUCAUUACUUUUAGCAGAUAAACCCCUAAUGGUCAAGCAUUUCUUUUUCCACUGUGAUUAUUAUUUUUAAUCUGUUAGCUGCUAAUAAGAAACCAUGUUGUAAUCAAUGAACCAAUUGACCUGUUAAUUGUUUGCUGUAGAUGGAAAUCUCACAUUAAAAUAAUUUAUUCCCAUCGA